GGCUAGGGUUUUCUGGAGGGGGCUCGCCCCGCAGCCUCGCAGCCCCGAUUAGGUCCCCAGUAAGCUGCGGACAGCUGCGCCCGGUGGCCGCGGGGCACCCAGAGCCCGGGGCUCGCCGAAGCCCUCCGGAGAAGCCGGGGCAGCCCCGAUCCCCCAUUCAGUGGCUAGGGCCGGAGGCCACAGAAAACAAAGUGAGAGUGCAGCGGUGUUCCGGUGCCUGGGCCACGGCGGCGGCCCCGGGAGCAGAGGUAGUACGACCCCAUUACGCUAAGGAUGAGAGGUUGGGGUUGGCUGGCCCUGCUUCUUGGGGCUCUGCUGGGAACUGCCUGGGCUCGAAGGAGCCAGGAUCUGCACUGUGGAGCUUGCAGGGCUCUGGUGGAUGAAUUAGAGUGGGAAAUUGCUCAGGUGGACCCCAAGAAGACCAUUCAGAUGGGCUCUUUCCGGAUCAAUCCAGAUGGCAGCCAGUCAGUUGUGGAGGUACCUUAUGCCCGCUCAGAAGCCCACCUCACAGAACUGCUUGAGGAGGUAUGUGACCGUAUGAAAGAGUAUGGGGAACAGAUUGACCCUUCUACCCACCGCAAGAACUAUGUUCGUGUUGUGAGCCGGAACGGAGAAUCUAGCGAACUUGAUCUACAAGGCAUUCGGAUUGAUUCAGAUAUUAGUGGCACCCUCAAGUUUGUGUGUGAGAGCAUUGUGGAGGAAUACGAGGACGAACUUAUUGAAUUCUUUUCCCGAGAGGCUGAAAACGUCAAAGACAAACUUUGCAGUAAGCGAACAGAUCUGUGUGACCAUGCCCUGCACAUAUCUCAUGAUGAACUUUGAACCACUGGAGCAGCAUAGACCAGCUUGAUGGAUUAUGCCCCCUCCCCCAGGGGAAGAUGAUGGCAUUGCCUUUUAUAUUGUUUUUAUGGAAAUGAACUGAAAAAAAUGAAACCAAAAGGACAAA